AUGGCGGGCUCCCUGAAGAAACCCGCUAGGCUGCCGCCGAGGGUGCGACGCAAGGUGCCGCUGACGCAGCAGGAGUUUCAUGAGAUGAGAAGCAAUGCGGCCAAGAAGCGGCACGCGAAACGGCGGGAAGAAGCGAGGAGGAAACGCGAGGAGGAGGGAGACACGCGCGACCACAAAGGCCACAACAUCCGAGACGUGGUCACAGAAAACGCCAAGAACCACACUGGCUGGACGCGGCGCUUGCUGACUUGUGGCAAGUGCCAUGGAGCCUGGUGGGGCGAUGCGACCGCCAACGUGGCUGGCCCCUGCCAUGCAUGGAAUGACCUGGCAAACGACAAGCCCAGGUGGAUGCAACCGACCCGGUUGCGAUGGUGGGCAAGCCUUGAUGCAGUUGACCGCGCGCUGGUGCGACGGAGCUGGGCUGAGCAUGCCGAGCAGCAACCGACUACCGCGGCGUGGAGGAAGAUUGACGAGGCCGCCGAAGCGCUCACAGCCAGAGCCGACGCUGGGAGCUUCACGGCGGCGGAGAAGGAACGCAACAAGGUCAAGUGCCGCGCCAUGGUGAAGGCUGUAUGGGGCCCUGGGCAAGAUGUUGCUGACCGCCGAGGCCCGGAGUACUCGACGUGGCUGGCGGCGCGCUGUGGUUUGCACAAGGUGGACCGCCCUGAGACGACAGGCACGAGGCCAAUUGGCGAGGAGGCAGAGGGGCAGCAGGAGACGGCAGGACAGCUGGGGCGCAGCGAGGAGCUGGAAACGCUGGGGGUCCUUCUGGGGACUAUCAAUGUCGCCAGCUGGUCUAAGCAUGGCCUGGCGGCUUUCCAGGCAGCCGGCGCGCACGGUGCCGACGUCUUGUUUGUCCAGGAGCACAAACUCACGAGGCAGGGAAUGCGCACGGCGCAGCGGCUGGCUGCAAGGAGGAGCUGGCACCUCGUAGAGGGCACGGUGCUAGACGAGACUCAGGGCAAGAAUGGCCGUGAUUGGCACAAUUACGGCGGCCUCGCGUGCGCCACGAGGGGCACAUGGAGAGCUGAACGGCUGUGGCAGAUGAGGGAGAUAGGAGGAGAGGUUGCGGUCUUUCGUGUGCGCAGUGGCAGGCAGAUGCUGCACGUGGGGGUCGUGCAUCUCCGGCGCAACAGCCCGGUCCAGGCGCGCCGAGGAUUGCUCCUGGGUCUGCGGGAGUGCCUCGCCGGGCUCGGAGGUGCAGCUGUGCUCGGCGGCGACUGGAAUGUGGGGGCCUCGGAGGGCAUCCUCGGCGUUUUGACUGGGGAUGGCCAGUGGCAGCCUGCAGUGCCGCAGUCGUCCACGAUGGCAGGAAGCAGCGAUGCCAGGAAUGACUACUUCCUGGUCCAGGGCGUGGUUGUCGGCGAGGCAGUGGCGCACCGUGACCGGAUUGCGGACCACAGGUUGGUCACGAUGGGGCUCAAGGUGUGGGCCGAGGAGGAGACUGAGGGUUGGGCCUGGCGGCGCGCGGCGAGAUAUGGCGUCAGUACCAGACCACGCGCCAACAUGGACGAUGAAGACGACGGCUGGCUCGCGAGCGCCCGGCCGCCUCGCAGUCAAGGCCCCGACCUCUGGAGGAAGUGGUCCCGAGGAGCAGAAGCUUUUCUGCGAGGUGAGCACAAGGUCCUUACUGAAGGAACGGGCUACAAGGGAGACCGACACCUGGUGCACUGGCAGCGCCCGGAGAGCCAAGAGGCGGGCUCCGUGCAGGCGCGGCGCGAGAGGCAGCUGAGGGAACUCAUCGCCGUGUCGGAAGCCGUGCAGGAGCGAAGGGGGCCGCGUGUGCGUGACGGAGCGACCCAGGCGCUAUCGCGAAAGAGGGCGUACCUUCGGCGGAAACUUGGGCUGCCGCGGGCCGUUGGACCAGAUGACGCACAGGACCUGCACAGGAAACUGCGGGAAGCAGUGGAGGUCAGCAGGGACGAAAGGAUCAAAGUGUGGCGCGAGAGUAUACGUGAGGACAACAUGCGGAAGCGGACGUACAAAUGGAUCAGGAAUCCGGCGCAGAGCUGUGGAGCCGCCGUGUACGACGCGACCGAGCAGAGACAGUAUUCGGGGCAAGCUGCGGUGGAGAAGCUCCGUAGUUUUUAUCACGGCCACUUCAGUAGCGCAGGGUCUGGGAACCAGCCCGAGGAUGAUUUGCGCUGGGGAGCCCCAUCAGCAGGCAGCGUGCGGCGGCUUUUGAGGACGAUGGCAGGCACCGCGGCUGGCCAAGACCAGUGGUUAGCGAGCGAGCUGCUCCUCCUGCCAGACCUUGCUUACGAUGACCUGGUGGAUCUGUGCCUUGGCUUCGAGGCGGGAGGCUGGCCCCCGAGCCUCAAGAGGUGGAGGCAGACCCACAUCCCGAAGGAGAGCGACAGCAUCCCGAAAGUGGACCGCAUGAGGCCCAUCGCCAUCGCCAGCACGGUGGUAAGAAUGUGGCACAAACACCGAGCAGAGCAGAUCGCAGAGUUCCUGGAGCCGGCUUUCGAGGCGGACCAAGCUGGCGGCCUGCGCCAGAGAACGCUCGAGGGGCUCCUGGAGGGCACGCUGACGGAGGUCGAACAAACGAUGGUCGCCAACAGGAUCGCGGGCACCCCUGCGUACGACCUCCUGAGCGAAGACGACAAGCAGAGAGUGGACAGCAAGAAGGGCGCCCUCUACGGCUCCUCCUGGGACUUCGAGAGCGCCUUCGACAGGACGGAUCCAGUGAUUGUAGGACGCAUCUGGAAAGAGUGUGGUGUGCCCCAUGGCAUCGUGGAUGGCAUCGUGGACAUAUGGUGCAACCAGGAGCGGUGGAUUGAGAGUGCCGGCCUGGUCGCUAGUGAGCCCAUCGCGGUUUCACGGUCGUUGCCGCAAGGAGACCCUGCCAGCAUGCUUGGCAUGGCCACCGUGCUCAUGCCGCCGACGCGCCGCAUGAAACGGAGGGUGGCGACGGCCACGUGCUGCGUGUACGCCGACGACCGCACGGCCUGCACGAGGAGCCUGGAGGACAUGCAGGAGGUGGAACGGCAUUGGGGGGAGCUGGAGCAGCUUACGGCGCUGCGGACGCACCCGGGCAAGACCCAGCGGUUCGUCGUCUCCGCGGACGUUCUCGGUGUCGACUUCUCCUUCGACGAAAGGGAGCUAACGCCCAGGGAGAUGGGGAAACUCAAGGCAGGCAUUGAGAGGCUGCAGAGGAUUGCCAAGCUACCGCUGGGCUGGCGGGCAAGGAGGCGCGCGGUGGCGACGGCAGCCAUGCCCCUGAUGGCGUGGGGGCUCGUCACGGCCCUGCCGCAGGAGGCGCAACUGAUGGAGGUGCGACGGGAGGUGAGGAGAGCAGUGUGCGGCAGGAGGUGGCCCUCUGCUUCGGUGGAGCUCCUGCAUCUCCUAGCGGUGGGCCACUACGGCGACCUGCGUUGCGGCCCGACGCGCUGCCUGCAGCGACACCUAGAGGCAAUGGGGUUCCACAGGGACACCCACACGGGCGAUUGGAAGCAUGGCGACAGGCACUUGCGCAUCGACGACCGCAGGGGCAGAGCGGCGCACGUGCUCCGCGAGGCCUGGCGGCAGGAGCGCUGGGACGCCUUCAAGGCCCAAGGGGCGACGAGACGUGACAGCAGAUUAGCUGUGGAGGAAGGCGUCGCCUUCGAUGAAAGAGCCUUCCACGUCGCGACGGAAGUGCUGCAGUCAGGCGCGCUUGGCAGCCAUGCGCUGGCCGUGCUCACCGGGGCCAUGUGGAGCGAUGCCAGGCUGGAUGUGGCGAUGGGCAGAGAGCCGCGCCCGUGCAGCGAUUGCCCGAGCGGCGAGGUGCCAGACGUGGUCCACCAUUGGUGGCGCUGCGACAGGUGGGCCGGCAGGAGGAGAGGUAUUGCCACGCCGCGGAGCGCGCUGGCCAGACGGAUGGGAUGGCCGGAGGAGGCGCUCCAGGGCGCAGACGCCCGCCGGGCAUGGCGGAAGCAGCUCGAGUACAUGGCUGGCGUGCGCCAGAGCCUCGUCGAGGACCGCUACCGCGGAGGCAGGCCCAGCCUUGGCGGAACGUGGCAGAUGAUGAGGAUGGAGGAAAAUGCCUGA